CCGUGGGCUCCAGUAGCCCUGCCUUGCAGAGGAGGAGGUCUUGCACAUGCUACUCACUAAUACAGUUUCUCAGAAACUGCUCCCUAGGGACAAGAAGAAGCUCUCAGUAUUUUGGAAAGAACAAAUAGAUCCUGAAUAUGGACUUUUGACCUGGCAUGGUACGCAAAGCGAUGUUUGCGGUGGUGUUGGAGCUGCUCGAGCUGGAAACCUUACUUUCAUGGUUGGUGGAGUGGAACAGGAAUUUGAUGCUGCCAAAGAGUUGCUAAUAUGCAUGGGUUCCAAUGUAGUCUACUGUGGAGAGGUUGGAACUGGACAGGCUGCAAAGAUUUGUAACAACAUGCUUUUGGCCAUCAGUAUGAUUGGAACUGCUGAGACUAUGAAUCUUGGAAUCAGAUUAGGGCUUGACCCAAAGCUGCUGGCCAAGAUUCUAAAUAUGAGCUCGGGUCGCUGUUGGUCAAGCGAUACGUACAACCCUGUUCCUGGAGUGAUGGAAGGCGUACCAUCUGCUAAUAAUUAUCAAGGUGGCUUUGGAACAACGCUCAUGGCUAAGGAUCUUGGCCUGGCCCAGAUUUCUGCCACCAACACAAAGACACCAGUUCCUUUGGGAUCCCAGGCACAUCAGAUCUACAGGAUGAUGUGUGCAAAAGGCUAUGCCCUGAAAGACUUCUCAGCUGUAUUCCAGUUUUUACGUGAGGAGGAAAGCUUGUGAGCUGUCCUUUGGCAAUGGACACAAUAAUAAACCACAUUUUUUUAUCCUUACAGCUCAUUUGAGAAAUACAUGGGUUUAAUGAAAUACUGUGCAUACUGAUCUCAUACAGACUAAUAAUCUUUGGUUGUCUAAAUCACAACAAACUCCGGGACUUCAUCAAUUCUUGAAAAAGUGAGCCAGAGGAAGGGGUUGUUUGGCAACUAGCCAGACAGUGAUUUCAUUUUAUAAGAACCAUCAAAAGUUUUUUCACUAGAUGCAAUAAAUAAAUGAAUAUUUUUUUUAUUAAACACUUAAUUGCAUAUAAAAUAAUUUACAUUACGAGUGCAAACUUAGGUGAAUCUUGAAGAGUAAAGUUAUAUAGUGAUUUAAUGAUAUCUAGUGAUCUAUCAAAAUUAAAAGUGAAUACUGUAUGGAAAAAGGGAAGAUUUCUUUUUCAAUGAAGAAACAUAGCUUGAGAUGGAUUUUAUUAUUUUUUUUCUUGGACCUACUAGCCUUGGAUUGAUAUGUAGUGAAUUUUACCUGGGGUUCAGGUUGCAGAUUAAGUUUAUGGGCACAUGUUACUAAGUGGAGAGCUAUUACAGCAUGUUUGCCUGAUAGACUUAGUUAAAAUAACAUGGUAUGUGUGUCUCUGCUGUAAAACUCUUACUGUAUUUUGCUAACCCAGUUUUAUAUUUUCUUGUAUUCUGUCACACGUUUUCUGUCACACGUUUUCAGAGCUCAAAAACAGCACUUUCCAGAAGUUCUAACCAAGUGUGCAUUUGCUUUAGGCGACUACUGCAGUAAUAUAAACCUAAACCCCAUUAUUUUGAGAAGAAAUAAAAAUCUAUGCUGGUAAAUACUUGCUCUAUGAUUAUUUGCUUUUAGCUUUGAUGCAAUCUUGCACACACACAAUUCACUAAAAAGAUACUAAGUGGUCUUUUAAUUUGCUUGGGUUUUUAUAAAUUAUCUUUCAGUAACAGGCUUUUGAAGAACUCUUGACUGCGUGAUGCAUACCGUAGUAUAUUUGCCUAGUUCACUGCUUCUGGCAAAAUAAAGGUGUAAAGUUAAAUUUAUAAAUUUAAGUACUCACAUCCAUACUGACUCACAGGUUCUAGGCUCAAUCAAUGGUCAAUUAUGCAUUUACAUUCCAAUUUUGGUUCUGUGACAGAUUCCUUUAUAUGUGCACGUUCAGGUAAGAAAAUUUUGUGUUUGAAUUAGCUUAAUUUGGUAACUUCUACUAACUUGAACAUUACAUUUUAACCUGUUAACAUUAUGUGAAGUCAUUAAACUACAGAUUGAUCUGGUAUUCUUUCACUUUGCUUCAAAGACUAUGACAUCCCAGGUUAUUCAGAGCUUAGGGGCUUGUUAAUGUUGUGUGAGUUGAAGACUACUAGGAGCAAUCCUACUUUUUAAUAGUUGUUGUUCUCUCAUUUGAUAAAGCUAUUGAUUCCAUUCAUUCCUUGAAAUCAGACACAAAACUAUCUGCAAUAAAAACUAUUAAAAUUGCCAAGUCAACCGCAUGAGUGCUGGAAAAUGCACAAAUGUGGAACCACUGUUAGAGGUGUGUGGCUCAACCUUUGACUGCAAGAUCACAUAGAGGUGGCUUUUUUCUUCCACCAUUCCUGCCUCACACAGCACAAGGAUGACCCAGUCUCAUAAUGAAUUUGAGACUACAGGGAUGCUUUUGCUGAUAGGAUCCUUGUUCGCUUGGCAGUUUUACAAUGAAUGAGAGAAGGAAUGGUAGGAGAGGUCUGGUUAAGUCUCCUCUAUAUUUGACUUGGAGAGCUGUCUGGUAGCAGGAUUACUGAGGAUUUCUAAUAGAUGCAUCCUCCUAGUGUCCAGCCCAGCCUGAUGCAGCAGUUUCUAUUAAUGUAUUUGCUUGCAGCAAGCAUAAUCAUUUGCUUUCUUAAUAUGGUACAUGCAGAUAUAAAUGUUAGGAGCCAUAAGGAACGGAAUAUGUUCAGUGAGACAGACCCUUUGAAACUUUUAGUUUCUGAAAUCAUAAACUCUUUGUUAAGCAUGUGAAAAUUUGAGUUACUUGUAUGUUUCUGCUCAAGGCUAACUCAGUCUUCUUGGGGUCCGUUUCUCCUCUCCUACAACCACUGAUCAAAUUUUAAAUUCCUACUCUGAAGCUCACAUUGGAGUAGAGACUGCCAGAAUGCUUUCUUGGCAAACCAACAAAAUUAAAUGUUUUCUGAUCUGUUUCUUAGAGGAGGAUUUUGGCUGAAAUUAAGAACAAAAACCAAACCAAACAAAAGCCAGCUUCAGGGCAGACAGCCAGCAUGUAAAAUUUUAGACCAAGCAGUUAGUUUGGCAAAGUUAGAAACAACUUUUAACAUAAAUCUUACUGUGGAAAGUGCCUUGAAACUUUUAAUAAUAUCCAAUAUCUGAAGCCAGUAAUACAAUUUCUGGUAGAAUACACAUAUUUUUCCUAAUUCUGCAGGGAAAUACUGUGUUACUGGAUGCAUAUAGUGGUGGUGGUAUUUAUGCUAGCUACAUCUAUUCUGCAUCUGCCUGUGUGUGUAAUGCGUUUUUUGCUCUGCAUGGGGUAUACUUCUGGCCUAUGGAAAUUAAGCAAGUACUAAAACUGUUGUCACUGCCAGAAACAGGCGUUGAAAACAGCAAUUUAUUGAGCUGAACAGAAAGACAGUGAAAUUGGUUAAAUUUCUACACUAAUUACUUCCCAGUGCAUACACCCAAAUUAGGUACAGCAAAUUAGCUGCGUAUUUUAUAAAUGUCCCAAAGGGAAACUUGAGGUAACUUCUUUUAAAAUUGUUUGGAAUGUUAAACUAGCCCUCCCAUCAUGCUUGCUUGGAAAUUCACCUAUAUCAAAUGCAUUUAUUGACUAGCAGCAAAACAUUAUCAACCAAUAAAAGUAGUGAUGGUUUUUAAAAAUA